AUGAGGAUCCUGGGAGGCUUUUCGUGGGUCUCCGCCUUGACGCUGUCGGUGUGUCUGAUUGGGAAUGGAGUUGUGCAGGCCCAGAACGGCUCGCCGAGCCAAUGGCCGCUUCAUGACAAUGGCUUGAAUGAUGUUGUUCAGUGGGAUCAUUACAGCUUCAAGGUCAACGGCCAGCGACUAUUCGUCUUUUCUGGAGAGCUUCAUUACUGGCGGAUCCCGGUCCCCGAAGUUUGGGAGGAUCUGCUGGAGAAGAUCAAGGCAGCGGGCUUCACAGCAUUUGCCUUUUACGGCAAUUGGGCUUGGCAUAGCGCCAAUAACCAUACCUUGGAUUUCGAGACGGGCGCGCAUAAUUUUGAGAGGCUCCUCGAGACUGCAAAACGGGUGGGCUUGUAUGUCAUCGUCCGACCGGGACCCUACGUGAACGCGGAAGCAAAUGCUGGAGGGUUCCCGUUGUGGCUGACUACCGUGCAUACGAUCACGAGCAAGCAUCUCGUGACUAAGGGAGGCACCGCUUUCGUUUACCAAAUCGAGAACGAAUAUGGCGAGCAAUGGGUGGGCGACGCAAGCAAGAAAGUACCCAACGAAUCGGCGGCUCGAUACAUGGCCCUUCUGGAAGCAUCGGCUCGAGACAAUGGCAUUGACGUGCCGCUCAUUCACAACAACCCGAACAUGAACUCGAAGAGUUGGUCGCAGGACUUCGCCCCGAAUGCCACUGGCAAUGUCGAUGUUUCGGGUGUCGACAGCUAUCCAUCGUGCUGGAGUUGCAAUUUGGACGAGUGCACUGGCACGAACGGGGAAUAUGUCGCUUACCAGGUCGUGAACUACUAUGAUUAUUUCAAGAACACUACCCCUACUGAGCCGAGUUUCUUCCCGGAGUUCCAAGGUGGCUCAUACAACCCCUGGGGUGGGCCGGAAGGAGGCUGCCCUGGAGACAUUGGAGCGGACUUUGCCAAUCUGUUCUAUCGGAACCUCAUCUCCCAGCGCGUUACAGCCAUCAGCCUUUACAUGAUGUAUGGCGGUACCAACUGGGGAGCGUUCGCCGCACCUGUCGUCGCGACAAGCUAUGAUUACUCCAGUCCCAUCAGCGAGAACCGUAAGAUCGAUAGCAAGUACUACGAAACAAAGAACUUGGCCAUGUUCACAAGGGUCGCAAAGGACCUCACGAUUACCAACCGAGUGGAAAACAGUACCUCUUAUUCCACGAAUUCGGCGAUCGCGACGAGCGAACUGCGCAACCCUGAUACCAACGCUGCGUUUUACGUUACUAUCCAUUCGUAUUCGCCAUCUUCUACCAAAGAGUCUUUCCAGCUUCGCGUGAGCACCUCGGUCGGUAACCUGACCAUUCCGCAGCGGGGCGGAUCUAUUUUUUUGAACGGCCAUCAAUCGAAGAUCGUGGUGACCGACUUCGCAAUGGGAAAGCAAAUACUGACCUAUUCGACCGCGGAGGUGCUUACAUAUGCACUCAUCGACGGACAUCCAGUUCUUGUACUGUGGACCGGCGCGGGAGAGUCAACUGAGUUUCAUCUUAAGGGUGCGACUAAAGGGGCAGUGCGGAGCCAGAGUGUAGGAGCAACAAAUGCCACAUUCCAUGCGGAUGAACAUGGCAUUCUCACCUCUAUACCGGCGGUGAACGGCAUGGCCAUUUUCGAGUUCGACAACAACGUCAAGGUCAUCGUUGCCGACAAGCCGACUGCGUACCUCAUUUGGGCGCCUAACCUAUCGAACGAUCCAUUCGGUCCGGUUGACAAGUCUGUAAUCGUCGUGGGACCGUAUCUGGUACGCAGCGCGUCUCCCGACGGACACAGUCUCUCGCUCAAGGGUGAUAUUUUGGCCAAUAACACCAUCAUCGAAGUUUUCGCGUCGAAAGAGGUGAGGGCUGUCAGUUGGAAUGGCAAAGGUCUGCGCACUCAGAGAACACCAUACGGCAGCCUGAAAGCCGGGGUGGCUUCUUCUACACCGAAAAUCACUCUCCCGUCAUUGGAUUCGUGGAAGGUUCACGACAGCCUCCCUGAAAGACUUCCAACUUACAAAGAUGAUGGACCUGCUUGGAUCGAAGCGAACCAUUCUACCACACCGAACCCCACGAAACCCGACACACUUCCUGUUUUGUACGUCGAUGACUACGGAUUCCAUAACAGCUUCCACCUCUUCCGUGGGUACUUCGAAAGACCUGCGACAGCAGUCAAUCUCGCCGUGCAAGGCGGCAUGGCGUUCGGAUGGAGCGCCUGGCUCAAUGGGGACUUCCUGGGCUCAUAUCUGGGAAAUUCAUCGGUUGGGACGGCUAACAUGACCUUGUCCUUUGAGAAUGCGACGGUGCACUCCAACAGAUCGAACAUCUUGCUCGUUGCGCAAGACAACACAGGACACGACUUGCGGGCGGCAGCUGUGCAACCUCGCGGCAUUCUCCGCGCAAGCCUUGAAGGCGGAGCCUCCUUUACGAAAUGGAAGAUUGCUGGUGAAGUCAAUGGGGAACGACAGCAACUCGACCCCGUCCGAGGCCCAUUAAGCGAAGGAGGUCUCACCGCCGAACGUCUAGGCUGGCACCUUCCCGGCUUCGAUGACUCCGCCUGGAACUCCAGCUCUCCCUCCACCGGCUUCUCCGGUGCCGGCAUCUCCUUCUACCGGACCACCUUUGCCAUGAACAUCCCUACAGGCGUCGACGCAUCCUUCGCAUUCGUGCUCAACGCACCCGCAUCGCGGAAGGUCCGCGUGCAACUCUUCGUCAACGGAUACCAGUAUGCGCGAUUUAAUCCGUGGGUCGGGAACGAGGUACGGUUCCCAGUCCCGCCCGGUGUGCUGAAUUACGCGGGUGAUAAUACGGUUGGGUUGAGCGUGUGGGCACAGUCGGAGGAGGGGGCUAAGGUGGAUGUGAGGUUGGAACAGGAGUAUGCGGUGGAGAGUAGCUGGAGUUCGAGGUUUGAGUCGGAGUAUUUGAGGCCCAGAUGGACGGCGGAGAGGCUGCAGUAUGUAUAAG